AUGGCCAGCACCACGGUCGUCACGUCCACGCACACCACGCCCACAGGGAGCACAUCCACUUUGACAAGUACGUCCUCUCCUACGACCUCCCCCACGACGCUGGUGACAUCCACCAGCACUCCCACGACCUCGCUUACUACCAGCCUGACCACGGAGACCCCUACCACUGUCACCCCUUCACCCACAAGUACUACGGGUACGUACCGUCACAAGUACGGCUCCACCUACCUCUACUGCGACCCUCACGACAACCGUUCCCACUUCAACGCCGGCCAGCACGACGAGCACGGCUACCACAGAGACCGUCUCCACACCAGCAACCACCACCACCACCACCACACCCACCACCACCGUAGAAGCUCUGUUGUUACUAUUGUUCCCACUCUUUCUUCUUUAGUUACUGUAAGUACUUCUCCAACAUCAUCUGCUAUAGGCACUUCUACAGAAACUACUACUUUCAUUACAAUUUAUUCCACAACGCCAUGCCCAGAAACUGUACCAGUUACUAUAAUUUCUUCAUCUACCACUGAUCCAUGUAUUGAUUUUAGUACUGAUGCUGAUGUGACUUCUACUGCAACCACAUCUUCAUCAACAUUUUUAUCUACUUCUCGUAUUAUUACAUCUUCUUCUUCUUCUACCAGUAGUGGGGUUUUGACCAGUACCGACUCUGUUACCACCCCACAUAGUUCUGGUUUCACUACAUCCCUGCUCAGUACACAUUCAAGUAGUAGUCAUCCAAGUGACAUCAUGACUUCAAGCCAAUCUAUAUAUAGCACCUCGUCUACUUUGAAGACUCCUGAGACAUCUGUUGCCACCAGUCAGACUCCUACCAGUCAUUCUUCUCCUACAACAACUUCCACCACUACUCAGAUGACAACACAGUCAACAGUUACCACCACACCAGUUAUUUGUAUCAAUGGGGGAAAACUGGAAGGUGGUCAAUGCGUCUGUCCCUCGGGUUUCUCUGGUGACCACUGUGAGCUUGAGAACAAGUGCCUAAAUGGUGGCAAGUGGGAUGGUGUCAAGUGCAUUUGCCCCAGCACCUUCUAUGGCUCCCUGUGCGAGUUUCCCAGCGAACAGAUGGCUCUGGAUACCGUGGAUGCUGAAGUGGGCAUGGAGGUAUCCGUGAACAAAGAAUUCACUCCUGAACUCAAUGACAACACUUCCAAAGCCUACAUGGAAUUCACUACAUCCUUUCAGAAUCGGAUGGAGGAGGUUUAUAAAAAUGUGCCAGGGUUCCAGAAGGUGGAGAUCUUAGGUCUAAGGUAA